UGGGGAGAUACUGGACGCCAUGUUGUGGAAACUAGCAGACAAUGUCAAGUACGAAGAGGACUGCGAGGACCGCCAUGAUGGUAGCAGCAACGGGAAUCCCCGAUUACCCCACCUCUCCGCUGUCAGCCAGCACUUGUACAGCCCAGCUCCCCCGCUUUCUCACUCGGGGUCCUCUGAUUUCCAGCCCCCUUACUUUCCUCCCCCCUACCAGCCUCUGCCUUACUCUCAGUCCAGUGACCCUUAUGCACACCUCGGGGAUCCUUUCUCCAUCAACCCACUCCAUCAACCGCCUCCGCCACCGCCCAGUCAGCAACAGACCGGCUGGCCCAACCGACAGACCAACCAAGACCCUUCGAGCCUCUCCCACCAUGCCCGGCCCGGCUUGAUCCCCCAUCUCUCGGCUCUGGAAAGCGGCUCGGCUGGGGCGAGGAGGGAGACCUACAGGCGAUCCGAUCUGCUCCUGUCUCAUGGCCACGGUCUCGAUGCCUCCAGCCUGGCAGAAAACCUCGGGCUUCAUGAUAUGACCCAACAGAUGGAAGAGGUCCAGAAUGUGGAAGAUCAACAUUUAUUAAUGCAUGACCAGACAGUCAUUAGAAAAGGUCCCAUUUCAUUAACGAAAAACAAUGCGUUAGGUCUCCCUUGCCAGAAAGACGGGCUCAUCGGAGUGGUGAUCAACCCCAACGAGGUCUUCUGUUCGGUCCCUGGACGGCUUUCUCUCCUGAGCUCCACGUCGAAAUACAAAGUAACAGUCGCUGAAGUUCAAAGGCGGCUCUCCCCUCCUGAGUGUCUGAAUGCUUCCUUGCUGGGAGGAGUCCUCCGAAGAGCCAAAUCUAAAAACGGGGGCCGCUCAUUACGGGAGAAGCUGGACAAAAUUGGCUUGAAUCUUCCCGCAGGCAGAAGGAAAGCUGCAAAUGUGACGUUACUGACAUCGCUGGUGGAAGGUGAAGCUGUACACCUUGCUCGGGACUUCGGCUACGUGUGCGAGACGGAAUUUCCUUCGAAAGCGGUGGCUGAAUACUUAACCCGGCCGCAUCUGGGGCGCAACGAGAUGGCAAACAGAAAGAACAUGCUGCUUGCUGCGAAACAGAUCUGCAAAGAAUUCACCGACCUCCUCACGCAGGAUAGGACCCCGCUUGGCAACUCGAGGCCGAGCCCGAUCUUGGACCCUGGCAUCCAGGGCUGCUUGACUCACUUCAGCCUCAUCACGCACGGCUUCGGGAGCGCCGCCAUCUGUGCGGCCAUGACGUCGGUCCAGAACUACCUGAACGAAGCGCUCAAAAUUGCAGACAAAACGUACAUGAACGCAGGGGACCAGAGCCCCGCAGAAGCCAACAAAAGCAUCGAGAAGAUGGAUAAGCAUCGGAACUGCUGUUAUCCAUUCAUUGUGGGACCAGGUACCAGAAGGUAACAUGGACACGGACUUGUUUUUAAACCGUAAAAA